ACUUUUUUUUUUUUUGGAAUUUUACAAUUUUUAUGUCCAAACGGCCACUAAAAACUGCUUACUCUAAAUUCAACUCCAUAGAUCUUUAAAACUACCAUUUAUAUUUUGACCUCGUUAAGGAUAAUUUAGAAAAAUACCCCAGUAUCAUAACUUUAAAGCACUAGAAAUUCAGAUGGUCACUAGAAUUUUCAACCGCAAUGCUAAAAUAUUCUGGUGAUAUGUCAGGAUUUUAUGUCUAUUAUCACCAAGAUUUGCCUAGAAAUUCUAAAAAUAGUCAUAAGAGUGCUUUAAAAUUUUUGCAGGCUAUAUUUCCAAAUAUUUUGUUAUCGAAGUCAAAAAAUCAAUACUAAUAUAAAAUAUUCUAUUUGUGUCAUUCGCCUUUUCAAAAUAGGCAAACAUCAUUUUUAGCCCGCGACUGAAACUAUUUAUCUGGUAACCGUAAAAGUUUAAUAAAAUUUAUAUAUUUUUAUGUGUAACCAUUUUUCGAAUAGUAUAUUGAGAGCAGCUAUACAAUUAUUUUCCCUUCCAAAAUUGUCAGAAAUUGAAUUAUUGGGCCAGUUGGGCUGAAGGGUUGGGCCUUUUCAAAUUAAAGACCCAGCUUAAUUUUUACCCGAAUUUGGCACACUACAGAUUUCAGAAUUCACAGGUGCAAAUUUGAGAAUCCGAUGGAUUUUGUCCUGAAUUUCAAUUGAUUUUUGGCCGUCCGAUUGUAGGAUCUCUAUCUUCACCUGAGGGGCAGAGCUGCUUGUAAUGGAGAAGGGAGAUUUUUGCAUCUCCGUCAUGGCAUCAUCGAAUAUCGCACUUCUAUUAACUAUUGGUAUCAUCACCUUAGUUGUAGUACGAAUUAUUUAUGUAAUUUAUAGGAGCAGCAAACCACUUCAUUCCAAAUCACCACGAUUCCUCAGUACUCUCAUUGUUCUGGGUUCAGGUGGUCACACUGCAGAAAUGCUAAAUUUAUUACAUGUCCUUCAAAAAGAGAGGUUUAAGCCGAGAUAUUAUAUUGCUGCUGCUACUGAUAAUAUGAGUCUCCAAAAAGCAAAAACGUUUGAGGAUUCCUUACUUGGUAAGGAAGCACUUGAGGAAGUAGGGGGAGCUGAAUUCUUGCAGAUAUAUCGAAGUCGAGAGGUUGGUCAAUCGUAUAUAACCUCAGUCGGAACCACAUUGAUUGCAAUUGCACAUGCAUUGUGGUUAAUGAUCAAGAUCAGACCCCAAGUGAUUCUAUGCAACGGCCCAGGAACCUGUGUCCCACUAUGUGUAAUUGCCUUCCUUUUUAAGGUUUUGGGUAUUAAGUGGUCAUCAAUUUUCUAUGUGGAGAGCAUUGCAAGAGUCAGGAAGCUGUCUUUGAGUGGUUUGCUUCUUUACAAGCUACGCAUGGCUGAUCAGUUAUUUGUGCAAUGGCCACAACUAAAAGAGAAAUAUCCUCGAGCUCAUUAUGUGGGUUGUCUUAUGUAGUUGAUCAAAUUUUGAUCUAUUACAGUGAGGUAGUACUCGAGCUCUGUUGAUGCUGUUUGAGGAAUUGUAUGAGUGGAUGUAAAGGCUCUUCUUUUUGAAAGAGAACAUCAUUGCUAUCUACUUGAGGCAAGGAAAGAAAUUAAUGAUCAUUUCAAAGUUAUUGACACUAUUAUCGUUGUUGUUGUUGUUCGUUUCAGAUCAUAUAGCUAGCUUGUUAAUGCGUGCGAAGAUUCCUGGGAGAACUAACAAAUACAAAUGUAUUUGCAUUACAGUACUCAAAGCUCAUAGCUAGUUUUUGUUUUAGAUCAAACAGCUAGCUUGUUAAUGCUUGUGAAGUUUGCAGAGAGAACUAACAAGUUGUAUUUAUGGAUACCCUGUAGUAUGUGGUUUUUGAUUAGCUGGGUUUUUGUGAUAUUCAGGUGUAUUUGCUUCACGACUUUCCGAAGUGUUAGAUAAUGGUACUUAUAUGUUCUUAUGCGGUGUCCAUGGGAUGUUCGUUUUGGUGAAGGGCGAUAAUGCUUCAAUCACUUAUUAGAUGGUAACAUUCUUGGCCACCACUCAUGAAACAUUGAUCCUCUAAUAGUCUAUGAUUCUAUGCCAAUUGCAAAGUCUCCUUUCUUUAUGCAAUUUGGCCCGCCCCGGGAUUGUAACGAUGACUGAAGCCUCUAUCUUGAGGGGCCGUGUGACUUUAUCUCUUUGAAGAAGGACACUCUUCUUUGUAUUCACAAUUUGAUGUACGAAAUUGGAAGAAGAAUUGCUGCUCUUACUUUUGAGUCUAUCAGCCGCAACAAGGGCUGCGGGAACGAGUGUUGUGCUUGCCCCGACCGAUACCACCGUUCAUCCAAGAAAUGCUUUUGCUUUUAUAGUGUUUGAGGUAAUUCAAUAGCUAAAGGGCUUUGAAAGACCACAAAGGGAUGACGGGAUGGUUGGAAUUCCUCCACCCUUUCUUAGAGGUUUCAGGUUCGAAGCUUGGAGUAGAAAAUCUCUUGGUAGGAAGUGUUUUACUCUCUUACUGGGGCUACUCCGUGGGAAUUCAAAUUACUCGCGCCAGUGUUUUCAUCAUAGUGGAUGUCUGUAGAGUAAAAAGGCUUGGACGUAAAUUCCCAGGUUAUGAUGGUAUGAAUUGAGUUGGUCGUUUUUCAGUUUGCGCAGGUAUAAUUGAUUUGAUUUGCUUGAAACUGGAAAGUAAAGAUGUCCAGAAUAGACCCAAAGAACCAGUAUAAAGUUCAUUUCCUCAAAA